AUGUGUCUACCGAGUAAGGUGCAGGGCUACACCGUUCAAAAGUUAGCAGUGCUAGUGGGUAAUCUACUCAAUUGGAACUUGGGCCUGACCUUAGGAAUAACGCCGUCUCACACUCGACUCUACGAAUCAGUGGAAAGCACGCCGCUUAGGCGUGCGAUUACAUCGGAUGAGUCGACAUGGAUGACCGGAAGUCUUUUCCUUUCUGCAGCCAUUGGAUCGUUAGUUUUGGGUUUGGUGUCUGCGAAAAUUGGACCAAAAUCAGCAAUGCUUUUAAGCGGACUGUUGCAAAUGGCUAGCUGGUUCUGUGUCCAUUUUGCAUAUGACAUUUUGCACAUUUACUCAUCACGAAUUUUUGCUGGCAUCGCAGCGGGAGCAGCGAUUACUAUUUUGCCUCUGUACAUUGAUGAAAUUGGACAAACAACAAACUCAAAGGCAUCCCUAACGAUCUCAAUUGAAUGUUGGCGUGCUUUUGGAAUUCUCAUUGGUGUCACCUUAGCGCCAUAUUUGCAAUAUGAAUAUAUCCCCAUUAUUGGUAUUUUAGCAUCGCUUGCCUUCUCGAUGGUGUUCCCAUUCGUCCAAGAGAGUCCCUACUAUUUUUUGAGAAAAGGAAAUACGUCAAGCUUUGAGAAAUCGUUGCGAUGGUUCCGUGGCAUUCGUAGCCUCGAAGACCGUCAAAGUGCUGAAUUUGAACAGGAACUGACACAGAUCAAAAAUGGUGCGGGGGCUGAUACAAUACAAGUAAACAGAAUAUGCUCGUUGAAUUCGCAGUCCGUCUGUAGUCCAAUGGGAAUCUUUUUCUUGGCUGUGGGUUCUCAACUGGGAGGAAUACUUGUAGUGCUGCAAUUGUUUACAUUUUCAUUACAACUUCCAAAAUUGUCCACGGAUGAUGGCAUAAUAGUUAUAGCAAUAACCUAUUUCAUUGGAACCCUCAUAGCGAUGGGCAUCAGUUCAUCAAACCGCAGAGUUCUGUUGUUUGUUACAUCUCUGGGUUCAGCAUUAGGCUUUUUGGCAUCGUCCUUAGUUCUAACAUAUGGACGACGAUGGGACAUAGAUGAAGACGUAAUACCAUGGAUAGCGUCUCUUCUGCUCGCAGUACAUUCUCUUUUAGCCAGCGUAGGAUUUGUAUCGUUUUCAACAACUGUAGUAAUGGAAAAUAUUCCAAAGAGGCUCCAAAAUAAACUUUUAAGUUUAAUUCAUUGCAUUACAUGGUUGACCGUGUUCCUUGUCAUACAGUACUAUGCCCAGAUUGUAAGCAGAACUUCUUUGGCAGGAUUACUGCUGCUACUGGCUAUUGCAUGUGCUCAUAUCUCGGCAUGCUCUCCAUUUUUGUACUCUGGAAAGAUUUAUUCAAAAGAAAUUAAACUGAAGGUUAAUGGACAAUCUAUGUCCAAUGGAAAUUUUACAAACACCCAGAUAUAGAAUUGAUCAACAAAGAAAUUUAAAUAUUUAUAUUUACUGUAACAUACA